CAAUCGCGCGCGUUCUGUUGACACCGUGUUCGUGUGCUCACACAGACAGACACGGGGUUCACACAGACAGACACGGGGUUCACACAGACAGACACAGUGAUUAUACAGACAGACACGGGGUUCACACAGACAGACACGGUGUUCAGACAGACAGACACGGGGUUCACACAGACAGACACGGUGUUCACACAGACAGACACGGGGUUCACACAGACAGACACGGGGCUCACACAGACAGACAGACACGGUGUUCAGACAGACAGACACGGGGUUCACACAGACAGACACGGUGUUCACACAGACAGACACGGGGUUCACACAGACAGACACGGGGCUCAAGACAGACAGACACGGUGUUCAGACAGACAGACACGGGGUUCACACAGACAGACACGGUGUUCACAGACAGACAGUGAUUAUACAGACAGACACGGGGUUCACACAGACAGACACGGUGUUCAGACAGACACGGGGUUCACACAGACAGACACGGUGCUCACAUAGACACAGUGUUCACACAGACAGACACCGUGCUCACACAGACAGACACUGUGAUUAUACAGACAGACACGGGGUUCACACAGACAGACACGGUGUUCAGACAGACACCGUGCUCACACAGACAGACACGGUGCUCACAUAGACACAGUGUUCACACAGACAGACACCGUGCUCACACAGACAGACAGUGAUUAUACAGACAGACACAGUGAUUAUACAGACAGACACAGUGAUUAUACAGACAGAUACGGUGUUCACACGGACACGGUGUUCACACAGACAGACACCGUGCUCACACAGACAGACAGACACAGUGUUCACACAGACAGACAUGGUGUUCAGACAGACACGGGGUUCACACAGACAGACACAGUGAUUAUACAGACAGACACAGUGUUCACACAGACACGGUGAUUAUACAGACACAGUGUUCACACAGUCAGACACGGUGCUCACACAGACAGACACAGUGUUCACACAGACACGGUGAUUAUACAGACACGGUGCUCACACAGACAGACACGGGGCUCACACAGACACGGUGAUUAUACAGACACGGUGCUCACACAGCGUACAGACAGAAACAGGGUUUUCACACAGACAGACACGGGGUUCACACAGACAGACACGGUGUUCACACAGACAGAGACGGGGUUCACACAGACAGAGACGGUGCUCACACAGACAGAGACGGUGUUCACACAGACAGAGACGGGGUUCACACAGACAGAAACGGUGCUCACACAGACAGAGACGGUGCUCACACAGACAGACACGGGGUUCACACAGACAGACACGGUGUUCACACAGACAGACACGGGGUUCACACAGACAGACACGGUGUUCACACAGACAGACACAGUGAUUAUACAGACAGACACGGGGUUCACACAGACAGACACGGGGUUCACACAGACAGACACGGUGUUCACACAGACAGAGACGGUGUUCACACAGACAGACACGGGGUUCACACAGACAGACACGGUGUUCAGACAGACACAGUGAUUAUACAGACAGACACGGGGUUCACACAGACAGACACGGGGUUCACACAGACAGACACGGUGUUCACACAGACAGACACGGUGUUCACACAGACAGAGACGGUGUUCACACAGACAGAGACGGUGCUCACACAGACAGACACGGUGAUUAUACAGACAGACACGGGGUUCACACAGACAGACACGGGGUUCACACAGACAGACACGGUGUUCACACAGACAGACACGGGGUUCACACAGACAGACACGGUGUUCACACAGACAGACACGGUGUUCACACAGACAGAGACGGUGUUCACACAGACAGAGACGGUGCUCACACAGACAGACACGGUGAUUAUACAGACAGACACGGGGUUCACACAGACAGACACGGGGUUCACACAGACAGACACGGUGUUCACACAGACAGACACGGGGUUCACACAGACAGACACGGUGUUCACACAGACAGACACAGUGAUUAUACAGACAGACACGGGGUUCACACAGACAGACACGGGGUUCACACAGACAGACACGGUGUUCACACAGACAGAGACGGUGUUCACACAGACAGACACGGGGUUCACACAGACAGACACGGUGUUCAGACAGACACAGUGAUUAUACAGACAGACACAGUGAUUAUACAGACAGACACGGGGUUCACACAGACAGACACGGUGUUCACACAGACAGACACGGUGUUCACACAGACAGACACGGGGUUCACACAGACAGACACGGUGUUCACACAGACAGACACGGUGUUCACACAGACAGAGACGGUGUUCACACAGACAGACACGGUGUUCACACAGACAGAGACGGUGUUCACACAGACAGAGACGGUGCUCACACAGACAGAGACGGUGAUUAUACAGACGCAGGGUCGCGUCGUGCCCGCUCGAAGCCGCUGCUUCAGACCCUUCGCCAAGAGCCGGGGGACCUUGCGGGCGUUGCAGGAUUGCAGUCCUUCACGGCGUACUGGUUUCUUGGUGACUAUGGUCCCAGCUGCCUUGAGAUCAUUGACAAGAUCCUCCCGUGUAGUUCUGGGCUGAUUCCUCACCGUUCUCAUGAUCAUUGCAACUCCACGAGGAGAGUGAGGCUCCACCAUGGCCCGGUUGCACAUCCAGGUCCUCCUCCUCAUAGUAAUUACACCCUUGGUGUGGUGUUUUUCAGUCGACCCGCUGAACACGGAGACUGCCAUUCAUCUUGAUGGACACCUCGUCAGACUGAAGAGGAAAUCUUGCCAUGCUGAUGAAUAUCUCCUCAACGAUAUUUGCUGCAAGAAAUGCCAAGCCGGAAAGCUUCUGAAAAGCCACUGCACCAGUAGCUCGGACACCGUGUGUGAAGACUGCUCCAAUGGAAACUAUUUGGAUGAGCCCUCUGCCAAUACAAAAUGCAAACAAUGCCGUAUCUGUGACAAUGCCCAUAACCUGCACCCCAUGAGGCAUUGCUCUGCUACGUCCGAUGCCAUCUGCGGGUGCAACGAGGGGUCAUACUGCAGCCACAAAGACGGCCCGGAAAGCUGCCUGGAUUGCAAGCCACACACGACGUGUCCCCCCGGAGCUGAAAUUGCAAAACCUGCCUCGCUAUUGGAAGACGUGGAAUGCAGAACAUGUGGGGUUGGUUCAUACUCUCCUGGCGGGAACGUCACCUGCAAGCGCCACACCGACUGUUCGUCUGAAGGGAUGGUGAUAGUGCUGCCCGUGGAAAACACAAAGGACGUCGAGUGUACACACCCCUCCAAAUAUGUGCCGAUCAUCGAGGUUGCUUCAGUUGUUUUCGUUGUUGUCGUUGUUGUCGUUGUUUUCAUCAUCAUCAUGUGGAAGUGUCCAAAUAAGUUGCGAUGCAUUUUCAAGAAACCGGAGAAUAAUUCCGAGGAGGAAAACAAACUGUUCAGUACCAACCCUGAGCAGCCCCAACAAAAUCACACACAACUCAGCGAUGGUUGGACAGCCCAAACCUCAGCUGAGAUUACCGAUGAAUUUAAACGAGGAGGGGAUGGUAUCAAACUUUCGGUCUCAAGGGAGAGAGAAGAGCCAUUGCAGAUGGAAAAUUCAGGAGGUGAACAAGCGACUGGGACAGAUGACAAUGACAGCACGGAUCGUGAAAAUUCGGAGGACGACUCUCCACCGUCUCCCGGCACAGAGCAGCCGCUCCCACCGCAGCCGUUCCCACCGCAGCAGUCUAUUAACAUCAACAUCACCAACAUCUACCCUCAAGCUCCAAACGUGGAUGUUAAGGUUGAUGUGCAGCUGACGACACCAGAACCAACAAACGCCACGCCAAGCGAAACUCCACAGCCACCCCAACCUCCACAGCCGUCCCAACCGACGCCCCCAUCACCACUCCCAGGCAACCAGGCCCGCCCUGACACCCAGCCCUGGCCCGAGACCCAACCCAAUCCCAGCACCAUGCCCAGCCUGCAUUCACAGAUAUCGAGCGACGGUGACAUGCAGGGUGACAAUUUCACGUCAGCACAUUACCCGAUUGACGAAACGACGAGAAACAAGAUACCUAUUCAGGAGCAGGGUGAAGUAGCUACAGAGAAAGACAGCUGCUCAUACCGAGAGUCUGAGAAGGAGUCCGGCGAGCUUGCACAGGAGCCGGGUGAUCCUGUAGUUUAAUAGGCGGGGGGGGGGGGGGUUAUGUCAUCCUAUUAAGUGUUUUUGUUGUUUCUUAAAAAAGUUGAGAUGUUGAUUUUUUUAUCAUUAAAUUCAAUGUAAGUUGGUACUUUGUUUUCCUCCUACUGAAAACAUUUAAGAAUUGUCAAACAUCCCUAAAUAGGAUUGUCCUGAAAUGUCUUCAGAUUGAGCUGUCUCCAGGACUUUGUAUUAAUGAGAUUGGCCACCUUUGCCACAGACCAAUACUGGAAAACUGUGCAGUCAUAGAGUUCAAAAGAAUUCCACCAGAUCUCAAUACAAAGAAAUUCCUGUCACCCAAACCCAAAUGCCAAUUCCUGGUCUAUCCAAGUCAAAUCCAAAAAGAUGGUGACGCUAAUUGAGACAAUUUGCCUGUGCAGUAACUAUCGUCCAUGAAGCUGGUUGUGUGAUGCCAAGACCGUGAAACCACUUAGAGACGACUCCCCUCCACUACACACCCCCAGCACACCAAGCAUUCCACACCUGGGUACAACCAAAAAUGUUAGCCCCAAUAUCAAACCUCGGUUUCUUUUCUUGGCAGCUUAGCGGGUGACCUCAGCCAAGGGUUUCCUAUGGGGGGAGAGAAUUGGCUCUUCUGAUGUGCAAAGAGGGAAGCGCCCGGUCGCUGUGAUAGAUACAAAGUGAGCCCGACAUGUGAGCCAGGCAGCCACGUAGGCCAUGACAAGAUUUUCCAUGGGGCAGCUCCAGGACAAGGGAUGGGAGUGGAUAGGGCGGGAUAGGCGGGGGAGCAGUGAGGUGAAUGCAACCCAAUGGAGGUGUGAGAGAAUCAUCCCAUUACUCCCCCCACGGUGGCGGAGCCAUGCGUGGGCAGAACCAAACCAAAAUAUGGGCAGACAUUGCGAGGAAGUCUGCACGCUCGUGAAUGGACCCCGGCCGUUGCGCUACGCAAUGAGUGGCAACAAUGACAGUAAAAUAUUGGCAGGUAGCGAGUCAGCUUGAAGAGGAGGGCCUUCCGAGUAUGGGCCGAAACCAUUGCACAGCAUAGGACAGCGCUGCAAGGUCGAAGGACGUAAGGUCACGGAAUGUGAGUACGGGGCUAUCAAACGGGGGGCUACGAGUCCCUGUGGGCCAUCACUUCCCAUAGGCCCAAUUCCGUGUUACUCCAUCCUGUCCGCCGCAUCCGAGAGGUACGUUCCGUCAGCAUAAGUUGGGGACACGCGCACAGAGGGCCGUCCGAGACAGCCCUCACACUUAGCCUAGCUAGGUUUGUGUAGAAAUUAUAGACUACGGUUUAUCAUUUCUUCUUACACGUUUGUGUAGAGAAUAAGCUGGCACACAUAGGUAAUUUCCCCUUUCGAAAUUCCCAGGCCCACCUCAAUUUUAAACUGGCGGCCAAGGGGCCUCUAGUUUGUACGACUAUUUGAUUGGCUUCUCCACUCAGCGAAUGAGUCGGGUGCACCUUAUUCAAACACCAGGUGUGAUGUUAUGCUGCCACUGAUUGCGUUAUUUUAAUGAGGGGUUGCUUCUCAGCGUCUCUCUAGAUAAUAUUAUCCAUGUGCGGAGAAUCAGAAUCAGAAUAUUUAUCCUGGAGGAAUCUGUUCCGCCAUAAAGCUCUUUAUCGCAGAUGUCUAGUAUGGUGGGUCAAAACGUUAUAACAAACUAUACAAAGACACGAUAGUGCAAAGUAUAGGAAAGGUAAACAAAUCACUUUAAAAAUAUAUAUGCAUAAAACUACACUUUUUAUAAUACGAAGUAAAGCCCACUGAGGUAUAAACUUAUUUUUCAGAAGCAACUUGGCCACAAAUGACAGUUCAACAAAGUGUCUCAUCAUGUGGAUUUUUAUAGCAGCAAAGAAAUCUAAAUAAUCCAAAGAUGAGCGCUGCCUAUGCUCAUGACAAUAUUGGGGCAGUGCUCAUCUCCCAUCUACACUCCCCAGUAGUGGAAAUUCUCUCUUCAAAAUCAAACCCGAUGGUCCAUGUUUUAACCUUUCAUAAUUAUUCCUGUUUCUCGAAUCCAAAUUUCAGAAUCAUUCUGUCACUGCUCUGAAUAAUUUGGAUAAAGCGCGUCUCCAUAUCCGAUUCCCCUUCUGUUUGUCGUGGUGACAUAACUCUUCCAUUCCUGUAAAUGGGGUUAAAAAUCAUGAUUUUUUUAGUUAGAUCAUGGAAAUAUGUCAUAAACUUACCAAAUUUAAUUAGACUCAAUUAAAAAUCAUUAAAAAUACGGUCAUUAACAUGACUAACAAUGAAUUAACCAGCGAUAUGAUAUUCGACCUAUCUAAAGGUCUUUGCUGUUUCCCCAUGCAAAAUUGCUAUUGCGAUAAUUGCUUAAGUUGAAUCUCCAGGAUAAACAAAGAUUCUGAUUCUGAAAAUCAAGCUGAGAUGACUGGGCACGAGGUUGCCAAAAUAAUUGAAAACAGUAAAUUGCCAAAAACAUUACUUUAGGUGAGGCAAAAGUCUAAAACAAAGGCCAAUUAACAUGUAUGAUGUCCCGUGGGGAUUAUGGGAACAAAAUCUAGAGUUUUACCGGAUGAGACCUAACCAGUCCUUUGGAACUGAAGAGAACUGCAAUGAUUGCCAAACCAUUAAUUCCCAAGGAGGAGGAAUACAUGAUCAAACAAACGGCGCCAAAAUCACUGGGGGUUUACGGUUUGCCAAAGGUUCAUUAAACUUUUAAAAUUUUUUACCAGGGAAGGCUCCACUGAGCUAUAAAGCUCUCUUUGAGAAGCGACCUAGCCACAAAUGAUAGCUCAACGAAGUGGCUUAUCAUGUGAAAAUGUAUAGCAGCCACAUACUCUAAACGCAUAUUGAUUCUAAAUGUAGAGGAAAACACUGGAGGACCAAGACACAAAUCCACGUGACUAUGGGGAGAGAGAUGUAAAAUCCAUAUAUACAGGCUUCAUGGUCUGGGUCGAACCCACGACCGGUAUACCAAUGUGGUAGCCCAUUAAGACCAAUAGUACAAUCAGCUCUGCCACAUAAAUCAGCGCAAAUGUAACAAAACAAAUACAGCCCACAUUAGGUCCUGUUCGGUCAUAAAAAACUCAGAACAUCUUGUAAAUAUAAUAAAAUAUAUAAAGCUUAACCCUAAUGAUAUUCCGGUAAAUGUUGGUGCAAUUUCUCUGGUCACUAAGGUUCCAGUAAACGAGUCUAAUAAAGAUACUCGGUAUUCUGGUUGAAACAAAAGUUUACCCAAAGAUCCCACAAUUAGCUGAGCAUUGUAUAAACUACACCUAUUUCCCGUAGAGAGGCGAUUUUUACGGAGAAAAGCAGCAGCAAUGUGCUCUCCUGUCUUCUGAUAACCUAUGUGAAAUGACAGGGUGACACCUACUGGCCCGGGAAGGGAUUCACGGGAAUGGCCACAGGUAACAACCAAUUAGGGAAGGAGGUGUAUCUGGGGCAAAGGUCACAGGUGGAGCUGGCCGAGAUGCUCCGGGAACCUGCUCGUCCGGCCACGUGGAAGAUCUCCUGCGUGGGUUCCAUCGCCGUUGUCACGCCGCCAGGCAGCGGCGGAGACGAGGGCAAGGGGACCAUGCCGAGUGAUCGGCUGUGCGUGUAGCCGGUAUAGAGGUGUUAUUGUCUAGACUCUAGAGUAUAUUCAGUGGGAAGAAGAACCAGUGUUGGCCUGUGUUGUGCCCAGUGUGAGUAAUAAAGUACCCUCUAUA